AGUAAGCAGUAAGCAGUAGCAGCAUGGCGGGGCUGCGGGACUUACAGCACGGGAGCCAAUGCCAUAGAAAAACAUGGAUCAAACUGCUGCUGUGCAGCUUGCUACAAUUCAUUCGCCAUGGAGAAGCACAUGUACAAGCGAUGUCCAGCAUGGUGGAAGUUUGGCAGGCUGAAGAAGUGGGCAUAUUGUAUCCCAUUCAGGCUGAGGCUGAGAAGAGCACAGAAGACCUUCCGCAGGAAGAAGGCUCAUCAUUUACUGUGCCAAGUGGGAGAGCGUUGUACUUCCAGCCAUCAGUGCUAGACUUUGGAACACAGCUUGUGGGGCUGCCAAGGGCUGAAACAAUAUAUGUGCACAACCCUAGCCAGGAGCUACCAGUGACAUUAAUAUCAAUGUUUACAUCUGGCAGGCAUUUUCAUAUUCCUUCGUUCCAGAGAAGGGUGAUUAUACCCAGAGGAAAAACAUUAUUUAGGGUCAUCUUCCUGCCAACAGAAGAAGGACAUGUAGAAAAUUCAUUAUUUAUAAAUACGUCCUCUCAUGGUGUUCUGUCAUAUCAGAUAUUUGGAGUUGGGGUAUCCAGUGGCGCUUCAAAUGUGGCUCAGCAAAAGCCCAGUGUGUUAAUUUUCCCACAUAUACAGAAGAUACAGUUAACACAAGCUCAGGAAGAUGCAUCCAGUAUCCGCAUUCUGGGACUGCAACUCGAAUGCGGUUUACCGAAUAAAGGCUAUAGAUGUUCUCAGGGGUUCUCCUUUGUGAUGGACAAAAAGCUUGUGGUACAAAUCAGUCUGUCUGAAAAAAGAGAUAAACAUGAAGAGUUUGAGAAGCUGAAGCAGUAUAUACUAGAAAAUAUUUCUGUGCUGUUUGUAAUACCAACAGUUGAGUAUGGAUUGUGGGAGCCAAAGAUUAAUAUUUAUAUUUUGAAUUCAGGAGCCAGACUUUUGUAUGUAAAGGGAAUAGAAAUUGUUUCAAAGACUGAAAGCACUGUAGAAUUUGAGCCUGUGCCAUUGAGUGCUUCUGCAGCAAAUUUCACACAUGUUGCCUCAGUAGUAUGUAAAGCCAACUCACGUGAUAAUAACAAGUGCUUGGGUCAAAUCAGUAUGCAGGUACUGAAAGGCAGCUACACAUUAAAAACAUACCCAGCAUUCCACAUCACAGAUCGUUCUGGCUAUGAACCUCCAACUGUAUUUCACAUGAAGCAGAAACAGAAUGAAGAAGGAUUGUUGGACAUUUGGUUGACAAAUGAGUUUGAUUUUACCUUCAAUGUAAAUUCUAUCAUCAGACCGCAUGAAGUGGAAGGCUUAUUAAAGAUUCUGAACUUCAGUGGCCCAGUGACUCUGCCUCCUGGUUGCUGGAAGGUGUUCUCUUUGCAGUUCACAGCCAGGAAUGCUCCAGUGAAUGUGAUGACCAGCCUGGUCCUGGUCACUAGUGCUGGUUUCUCUUUGGAGAUACCACUACAGAUUUGUUCCACCAUGUCAAAGGGGGAUUUGAGUUUUGAGGCCAGUGCAGAGUGCAAUACUCGGUGUCUCCUAGGGAUGCCUGACCCAGCGAGUCCUCAGUGGCAGAAGAGCCUCCUGUUGGACUCUAGCACCUGGAAGGUAGACAUCGCUCUUGCUACAGAACUGUGCAACAUGUGGCAAAACAGAAAGGACCUAAAGACCUGCAGCUGGCCACGACUACCAAUGGAAACUGGUGUCACAAUGGACUUUGGUGCUACUCUGGUCAACGACAGCAAGAUGAAGCAUUUCACACUAAAGAACCCAUCGGCGUCUCCAAUUACUGUGCAACUUCUUCCGCUGUAUUUGUAUCCAGAUCCAUUGGGCGCCCUGGAUUUACUUACAAAAUGGUUCAAGAUAAACCCACUAGCUGUUAAUGUCACUACAGCCGAAUUCACACUGGCAAAAAAUCUGGAUACCAGCAGCAUGACUGGGGAGAGAGUACAACAGAUCCGUUUACAACCUUGGGAGAAAAAGGAAAUCGGUGUCAUUUUUACACCGGCAGAGCACAAAACCGUAACGUCAGUCAUACUGAUGAGGAAUAACUUGACAGUGUUUGACAUGGUCACUGUGAAAGGGUUAGGUGCCAGAGAGAUGUUGCGAGUGGGAGGAAAGUUGCCAGGGCCAGGGGCCUCGCUUAGAUUCAACUUCCCGCAGUCUGCACUCAUGGAAUGUAGAAACGGGUUGAAAAACAACAAACCACCAUUUGUCAUUCAAAAGAGCUUUAAAGUGGAAAAUGCAGGAGAGCUGCCAUUAAAAGUGAUGUCAAUGAACAUCAAUGGAUACAAGUGCCAAGGGUUUGGCUUUGAAGUACUGGAUUGUCAUUCAUUCCACAUGGAUUACAACUCCUCCCGUGAAAUCAGCAUUGCUUUUACACCAGAUUUUACCUCGUCCUGGGUGAUCCGAGAUCUAACCCUUGUGACGGGCAGGGGCUCCUUGUUCUCCUUCACUCUCAACGUGACUCUCCCUCAUCACAUGUUGCCACUGUGUGCACAGAUGGUUCCAGGACCCAGCUGGGAGGAGAACUUCUGGGUGGUCACCAUCAUAUUCACAUGUUUGUCAUUGUGUGGGGUGUGUUGGAUAGCCUGUCGUCAAGCUCGCUACAUUUUGACUGAAUUUUCUCAAGACAACAACCAUAUUGAUACAGUCCGCUCCAGUUCCGCUAGGAUUGCGGGUAGUUGCAAGACAUUUGUCGAUUCAUGCAGUACAUCAGAUAAAGGCAAAGGAAAAGGGUCUCCUGCCGUGGCAAAUGGUCCAAACAGAAGCCAGAACGGGUCAAAAAAGAACUCUGGGGCACCUGCUCAGCCACAUAAGAAACACAAAGUCUCUGUGUAUUAUAGUAAAUACAAAGUGAACACUGUUUCUACCGUGGCUACUGCUGCAGAGGAAGAAUGUCUGCCAAUGAAAGACGUGGACAGCCUGGGUGACUACACAGAUCAGGACCCCACUACCUGCAAUAAUAACACUGACGAAGACGCAGCCCUGCCAGAAAAUUCAGCACAAUGUAUGAAAGAUCCUUCCCAGAGCGCUGAAGACGAGGGGGAGGUGGCAGCAUGCCUGGUUCCCAUGGAAACACACUCAAACCACAAUGAGAAUCUAACAGAGACCAUAGGCAGCAGACCAGACCUCUACGCUUGCAGCUCGGAGGAGAAACUGCUCAACAACCAAGACACAAGAAUACAACAGUGCAGCACUUUUUUGCCUUUUAUGGAAAAAAAGACAUGUGAGAAAGUGGAUGCCUCCACCACAGAGCUUAGGAAAAACACACAAUUAAAGAAAAAUCCUCAGGAGAGACUGGAGUUUAAUGCCACAGCUGCAAAUGGAAAGGCAAGAAGGAACUCUGGGAAAAACAGAAGGAAGGUCGUGGAUGUGGUUGUUGGUUUCAGAGUUCCCGACCACAGUGUUGCUGUGACCACAGAAAAGAACAGAGAUUUUCAGCGCAAAGAACCAAGAAAUUUAAACAGAUCACGAAAUCGCUGCCUAAAUGGAAAACAGGAAACUGUAAAGUCAUGUCCAAGCCUGGACAGCCCUCUCAAGCAGAUGCAGAAUGCUGUGCGUUUGGUGAACCCAAGACAGAAGUGCCAGGAUAGGAGGCUGUUCUCAGACUACAGCUCAGACUCAGGAAGCUCGUCAGGCAGUGUGAGAGCCAGCAGGGGGAGCUGGGGGAGCUGGAGCAGCCUGGAGGGAGAGAAGGACCACAACAGCACCAAACUGCACUGCACAACCUCCACAGCUAAAAGGGAAAAUAUUCAAAAUGGUGUUUUUCCAGCUGAUAGAGGUUGUUGUCCGACACUGAACCCAAACUACAGCCCGCUGUAUCAAAUGGAGAAAACCCAAAUGGCCGAAACAGUUCCAGCCACAAACUUCACGCCCAGUUUUGCUGCUGUUGCUGCAGGUGUGGAGAGGAACCCAGGUAUUUCAAGUCCUUACCAAACAGAAGAAAUGUGGUCUGCACCAUCAGUUCCUUUAACCACUGAUUUCAGGUACAAUCCACCGGAAAGCUUGCCUUGCAUCCCCCAAGGAGCUAUUUAUAAUGGCUUUCCUUGGAAUGUUAACAGCCAGUGUGCCACUACAUAUCCUUACUGUGAACCGAGUAGCUAUUGUCCAGUGCUAGAUGGGAAUGCAAAUUUCCAGAAUGCCUUUCCUGGCCAGGAGACACAGAGCUAUGCCACUCAGCCGUGCUGGAAUAAAGAAGAGACACAAGGCAUUACCUCAGCCUGGGAAUCAACAGGAUGUGUGGGCAGCAAACCAUACUUCUCAGGCACAAGGAGUCUCUCACCAAUGUCUAGUCUGUUUGGCUCCAUAUGGACCCCAAAGAGCGACCCAUACCAACGCCAAUUUCAGCACGACAGAUUAUUAUCCCAUUCGCCUCAGUCAUCUGUCAGCAAAGAGCAGGCUGUGAUCUGCAGACAGGAGCAGUUUUCUAGUUUCGAUCCCUUUAGGUGCCACAUGAACCUGGACAUUUGGAAUACCUCAUCCAGUCGGAGUACCAACUCGCAGCUCUCCAAUGAUUCAGGAUACAGUGGGGAUGUCUAAGUGAAAUGAGGUUUUAUUAAACAAAGAAAAAACUAAAAAAGAAAUGUGAAUGUACUUUUUUUUUUUUUCAAGAUUUGUGUUGUGUAAAGGUAAGCUUUUUGUUGUAUACUUUUCUAGAUGUUUUGGAGAUUUGGAUCAUAGAAAAUAAACAUUUUGUACUUGAAUGUAUGUUGUUUAAUUCUUUGUGUCCAUAUUAGUAAGAGUGAUUCUUUUUCAAAGUGGUUCAAGCCGCCUAUUGUAGAAAUUCCAUUUUUGUGAUAUCAUACAACAAAGAGUUAUAAUUGUGUUACCCCAAUUUACAAUGACAAGGGUUCAUCAAGUCCUUGGGUCAAAAGUAAAGAACACUCACAUGUCGUCUUCAUUAUGGCAGAUUUGAUGAUGGAGAGAAGGAUUGCAUUGUUAAAAAUAUAGGUCAUUUAAGUACAGAUUAAAGGGUAGUAUUUUUUUUUUUUUUUUAACAUCAAUUUACACACAAUAGAACCCUGAUCAGAGGGCAUUCCCCUGUUGUAGAAGGUAAGAGCGUUACUACCAUAAAGACAAGGACAUUACCAAAGUAGUCAGAAACAUCCCCAUUUGUAGUCAAUUUUUGACUUUUGUUUUGUUUAAGGAUAAGCAUUGUAUCUGCAUGUUCUAGUCAGUGCAGUAGUGCCAUGGAAUGGAGCUUCCUGAUUUGUAGCUGAAAGUUCUAAGACGUUUUAAUGUGCUUUAGCCAACUGAGUUGAUUCUAUCUGCUUCACAAGUGGAGCAUCAUAGUAGCUGUGGUAAAUCUCAGUUGGCUAAAUUGAUGUGCAUCCUGUUUAAAAAUCUGUACUAUAAAUAACUGAUGCUGUAGACUUCAAGCUGGAUGUUAAAUGUUAAUCAAGCAAAGACACUUGAAUAUUUCUGUACGAAACUACAAAGGGAUUUUGGUAGGUGUCUUUUUCUUACAUCAUUUUCAAUUUGUUAAUUGUGUUUUCCAACAGGUUUUACAAUUGUUUCAUCCAUAUUGUAUGGGAGAAUGCACCAUUGUUGAAUUGAGCAUUCAAUGUAUGUAGUUCAUAAAAUAUUUGAAGAUUUAUACAGUGAUAAAGAUUUACUGGUAUCUUUAAGUUGCCAGUCGUGGCUUGAGUUGCAGGUAAAACUUUUUUCCUUUGGUACAGAUAUUUUGUAUCAGCCUGCUGGGUAUGUUUUAGGUUGUUACCAUGUCAAUGUUUGAACUGUAUUGCACUGUAUGAUAUAUACAAAUGUACAGUUUUUGAGUGCAUCAUAAUCUUGGGAAGUAUUCUCUCCGUUAUUGUUAAUAUAUAAACCACACAAGAAAGGGGUUCCAGUGAGUAGGUGUUGAGUGACUGUGAAAGA